UCUCGCGAGACUGACGCGAUUGGCAGCUCGAUCAAGAUGGCGGCUGCUAUGGUGGAGCAUGUUGUGGCAGAUGCUGGCGCUUUCCUCGUUAUAGCUCCUCUGCACGAAAUUGGAAAGAACAUCUACACCUUGAAAGCUGUUGUUGAAGAAAUUCGGGACAAACAAACUAAAAGGAACUUGGCCUUCCUUCCAUACAAACUGAAUUUUAAAGAACCUUUACCAGAGUACAUACGACUUGUCACAGAAUUUGCUAAAAAGACAGGAGAUUACCCCAGUCUGUCAGCCACGGACAUCAAAGUCUUAGCCCUGACUUAUCAACUGGAAACUGAAAAUGUGGGUACUGACCAUUUGAAAAAAGAGCCUGAGAAAAAGGUUCAAAUAUGCAGCACAAAAAGGCAUCCAGAGACUCCUGCUGAUAUUGCUGGUUUCCACUAUCCAUCAAAAUCAACAGGUAAACAGGGCGCUGUUGUCAAAAAUUCACCUACAGCGAAUGAACCACGAGACACAGACAGUUCAGAGUUCAACACCUUUCAGUUCUGGAGGAACCCUCUGCCCAGCAUUGAGACUGACCUGCUGGAGUUACUGGCGGCAGACAAGGUCACGGUGAAAGACGGUUUUGGAGAUGUCACAAAGAAGCUGCACUCUUUUGAUCUGUCAGCUGACAGUCAUGUGACUGAGUCUGAAGACCACGAUGGCAUUGAUGGAGGUGAACAUGAGGAAGAGGGAGAACAAAGUGAUGAAGAGGGCAAAGAUGACGAUGGUGGGGACUGGAUUACUCCUGGCAACAUUAAACAAGUACAGAUGCAGGCCGGUGACUGUGGACCCUCAGCAGAUGUCAAAGUGGGUUGUGUGACCACAGAUUUCGCCAUGCAGAACGUAUUGAUUCAGAUUGGACUGCAUGUGCUUUCGGUGAACGGGAUGCUCAUCAAACACACCAGGAGCUACAUUCUGCACUGUUUCGCCUGCUUAAAGACGACAACAAACAUGAACAAGACUUUCUGUCCACAUUGUGGGAACAACACAUUGAAGAAGAUCGCCGUCGCCAUUAAUGAAGAUGGUUCCACGCAGAUGCAUUUUUCCAGGAACCCUAAAGUGUUGAAUCCAAAAGGAAAGAGGUACUCUCUACCUCUGCCACAAGGAGGAAAACACGCAUCUAACCCUCAUCUGGUGGAAGACCAGCGGUUCCCGCAGCAGAGGGUUUCUAAGAAAGCUCGCCAGAAGACUGAUGUGCUUGACCCGGAUUAUAUUGCUGGCAACUCUCCGUUCUCCGAGCAUGAUGUCUACAGCAGGUCGGCCAGCUUACACCUGCGGGAGGGCCAGACCGGAGGAGGCAAACGACGGAUAAAUCCUAAUGCGGCACGCAAAAAAUUUGUUAAAAAGUGAAUGUGCUCGCACUACUCUGUCAUUGUGGAAAAACGGACUUUAGAAGCUUCCGACGAUAUUCUUCAUUAAAAUGGUGUAUUUACCUUUAAACCUU